AUGUGGCUUCAAUUACUACGUACAUUCUCGGUACGGUUGUUGCACUACACUGAAAUGAACCUGUUCCAACCUAUUAUUACCAGGUACGGCAUCUGUCGACUAAUGGGGCAAGUUGACAAGCUGCUUCGUGAGAAAUUAUUGCGACGAUCUAGGAAAAAUGAGCUUGAAUACAUGAUAAAGCACUUGUCCCAAUUCCCGAUGCUAUUGCUACUCAGAUGGAAUGAAGGGAAUCUUAAGCUAAGGGAUAAUAUGUGGUUUGAACUAAAUGAUAAGUUACAACAGGAAAACCGUCAAUACAACCAGAAAAUCAACCCUCUUAUACUGGAAUUUAUUGACCCUAAUUUGAGACUAGUUUUGUUUGAGCAGAUCAGGUUUGAGACUCGUCUGGAAAGGGACUUGGGAUACUUUAUGAAUAGUACGUCACCCAAGAAGCCCACCAAUGAAGGUUUAUCAAUAUCGGAAAUUCUUGGUAAGGACGUCGACACCACAAAAGGCGUAAAAACUCCUGGCAAGGAUCAUUUUACCUAUUUGCCCUCGUUUGUCAUCGGGGUCGGGGAUCUUGGACUGUCCAGUUUUGACACAUUGUUGGAAAUUCUUGAGAAGUUUUCGAACAAGCUUUCACUUUUGGCUGUUCGGUUAUCCAUGUUGAACAGAGGCACCUAUACGAACCAUGAUCUGGCAAUAUCGCUGAAAAGAAUACAAGAGUCUAUGGGAUCUACUGCCGCUGAGGACGAUCAAUAUACCAAACUAUUGAGCAUUGCCAGAAGAUCACACAUUAAACAGGAUGAAAUGGAGCACUCUCUUCAACGAUUGGGAGAGCUAGGCCUUUUGAAUGUGAAAAAAGGUGAGGAAGGUUUACUUUUUGUUACCAGAUAA